AUGGGGACUCAUGGAUUGACCUUUUCGUGUGCGUCCAUGCGUGCAUUCGAAUCUAUAUGCUUGAAGGAGGAUAUUUCCGGUCUCUUUGAUGAUGAAGAUGAUGAUUACAAAACUGUUGCCAAGAGACAAAAUCGUUCACUACAACCAGAUGAUGAAAGUCAAAUUUCAUCAACAUCUGGGAAGAACAUUCCACAACAAGAGGAGGAUGAGCUUGAUUCACAAGCAACAAAUAUUAGUUGCCACAGCAACACAGGUUACAACACAAAUGAUGAGACUGAUGACGACAGUGAAUUUGAUUUAUUUUUUUCACAGGAAGUUCUUCCUGAACAGUGUGAUCAGAGAAAAAUAGGUCAGAAAGAAAAUAGUGAGAAACAAAUCAAAGUUUAUGGAAGUGAUGAACAAAGUACUGGAGAAACAAGUAGCAAACAAGAACUGGAGGAACCGAACAACACAGACAAACAAUUGUUGGAGGAAAGUAGUAACAGUCAAAGUAACAAUGACUGUGAAUUGGUGUUAUUCAAAAAAGGCAUUGCCAACAAAAAAAGUGAUAUUGAGGAGGAGAGUGGAGGUGAUACCAAUGUUUCUACUUUAAGGACCUCAUCUAAAGAUUAUAAUAAAGUAGCUGCAGAAUCAGACAGUGACCAAACUUUUGAAUAUGAUGAGAACAGUCAAGAUCUGUUUGAUAAUGAUGAUAUGUUAAUUGCACCAUCUUCUCCUAAUGUUCAAACUCCCAAUAAAGAUAAUCUGGAGUAUCUCCAUCAAAAGAUGGCUGAAGGUGAUCGGAUACAGUUCACUGCCUCCAAUAAAUAG